AUGGACCAGCUCUCUGCCUACGUGCCCCGAAAGUCGGGCUCGUUUCCAAGUUUCGUCUCUCGAAAGAACGAGACAUACCUCCCCGUCACUACUAAGCCGCAAUCAAAGUUCAGACUCAAGACCUUGCUUGGCCAUUGUCUCUACAGACGGGUGGUGGUAUGGACGAUCCUGAUCGUUUUCGUCCUCGCGGUUACCGUCUUCAAUCCCCGGUUGGCGGGGCCACCUCGUGAUGUCCUAGACUUCAUUGAUGGGGGUAAAGUCCGGAUCAAAAGCACCGAGCCUCCUGAAAAUGUAGGUUUACAGAGACAAGAAAACGAACACCAAGAUCCCCCCCAUGCCCCGGAGGGCGUAGAGACGGAGCAGCCGGGUGGUGAGAUAGACAAGCCAACGCAAGGAGAGGAAGAGGGAAAUAUAAACGGACCGCACUGGCUGAGGUAUAGGCACCUCGAUGGAUACUACAACGGCUUGAGAGAAGUCGUGCCGUUUUCACAGUAUAUGCCUGAAUAUCCCGAGACUCGGCAGCCAGAUCACACACCACCUAGCACACCACCUAGCACACCACCUACUCACCAUGCGAAGAUUGCCAAGCCUAGCAUCUAUCGUCCUCAUCCGGACUACGAUUCCGACGAGUACCAGAGGACGUAUGUGCCCGUAAAACGAUGCUACAUCGACCCAGAGAGGAAAAUCCCCGCUCCUGAUCUUUACGCGUACAGAGGCAUCCCUCAGGGCCAGCCAAAGGCGGCUCUCGGAGCCUAUGACCUUCUCGGCCUGCGAGAAGAUGUUUGCUUUGAUCGCUUUGGGCGGUAUGGUCCAUACGGUCUCGGAUACGACUUUGAGCUUGGUGGAAUUGGCCAAGCUCUCGACACGGAACGUGAAGGCAGCGACACGGUCUGGGAGAAAGGUGGAAGGAUUAAUUACGACGGCGUCAACUGGGUAGAUGCGCAGCAGAUGUGUACCAAAGCCAACGAAGGUCGUUUCUUUACUGGCAAUGCAACUCGAGACUUUGAGUUGGCACGGUCGGGCCGCAAACGGAUGGACCGGAUCGCCGUUGUAAUACGCACCUACGUCGGAUUCCAGUGGACGAGCCACUCACUCCUGAAUUUCCGCGCCCUGAUAAACGAGGUCAACCUAAAGUCGGGCGGCGAGUAUGACGUCCAUUUUCUCCUACACGUCCGCGACAACAACGCACCCAUCUGGGCAGACCCGGGGACGGUGCAGAGAAUUCUCGACGACAACGUUCCACGCGAGUUCCACGGGCUGUGCACCCUAUGGUCCGAGGCCCAAAUGAGAUUGUACUAUCCAGGCAACUUUGGGGACACUUUCGAGAACCCAUCCAACGGGGAUAUCCACGGCGUCUAUCGAUCCGCCCAUAUGCCCCUUCAGCAUUUUGCGAUGACGCAUCCCGAAUAUGCUCACUUCUGGAACUGGGAGAUGGAUAUGCGCUGGACCGGAUCGUAUUACGAGCUAUUCGAUCGUCUAGGAAAGUGGGGCGCCAAGCAAAGCCGACACGGCAUAUGGGAGCGCUCGAGCAAAUACUAUAUCCCCGAACUACACGGAAGCUGGGAGAGCUUUAGCGAGCUCGCCCACCGGGAGACCUUGGCGUCCGGAUUGCGGCCAAUUUUAGGCCCGGUAUACUUCCCCGGGAAGGCCAGCCUUGAGCAGGACGCAGUCUUUUUACCGCGAAGUUGCGCGAGUGGCGCCGAUGUGAAACAGUGUGGUGUCGGCGAAGAGGCGGAUCUGAUCACGCUGAAUCCGCUGUUUGACGCUGACGAGUCCGGGUGGGUCUUUGCCGGAGACGUGACGGGCUACAAUACACAGCUCGAAAAGCCGCCACGCCGGUGCGCUAUUGUGACUGCUUCUCGAUUAUCCCGCCGUCUGCUGGGUGUGAUGCACGAGGAGACGUGGCGUCUUCAUCACAGCAUGUUUAGCGAGAUGUUCCCGGCCUCUAUGGCUUUGCACCAUGGUUUGAAGGCUGUCUACGCUCCGCAUCCCGUCUAUCUGGACCGUAGGUGGCCCAAGGAGGAGAUUGAUAAAGCCUUCAACGGCGGCCGGGGCCAUACCUCGGGCGGUCACGGCUCCCCUUUCGAUCUCACAAAUGAACAUAACCACAAGGGAACAAGCUGGUAUUAUAACAGCGAAUUCGCGGGCCUUCUAUGGCGUCGCUGGCUCGGCUACGCCCAAAUGGAUGGCAGAGGCGAGAAUGGCGGCCGUGCCGGCGAAGGCACCCGACGAGGCGGGAAAGAAGAGGAGGAAGAUCCCAAUAGCUCUGGGAGAUUAUGCUUACGUAGCAUGCUGGUACACCCUAUCAAGUGGGAGAACCCUGCGGAGCAGGAAUAA